GGCAAAGCAGCCGACGCGUCUACCGAAUCCAUUCCUGGCCCCUCCCCUUCCUUCUCCGCGUUUCCACCCCCUAUAAGAGCCCUGCGCGCAGACCCGCCGGAGAUUCCACGUCCAAACUGCGAGCCCCCCGGGCCCCCUCUCCCUUUUCCCCUUCCCUCUCCGCCGAUCCUCCUGCCGAGAGAUGGCCACCGAGGUGCUGCGCGCGCACGACAUCCUUCUGCCGGCGCCGCACCGGACCCGGCCGGCGGCGUCGCACCGGAGGCCCAGCAACAGCAACAACCCCGCAGUCGCCACCAGGAGGUCGCCGCCGGCUCCCGCAUCCGGCCGGAGGCACCACGGCAGGAAGGCGGCGAGGCCCGCCGCGGAGGUGUACGCCGGGCCGGCGUUCUCGACGUCCCCCGAGCCGAGCGCCCUGCCGCUGCCGCAGUUCCCCGUCAAGAAGGCCGCGGCCGCCGCGGACCUCCUCGUCGACGACGCCGCGACGCGCGACCUCAGGCGCAUCCUGCGGCUGGAGUAGCUCGCUCGCUCCCUCGAUCGAUCGUCUUCUAGAUCGAUUGGAGGCUCCGGGAUUCUCUUUCACUAGUCCCCUUUGCUAGUUCGUAGUCGAUGCGUGAUCGAUGGAGCUGCAGCUGUAUGUUAGUUCUAGCUACUCUCGCGGUGCGUGUUCCGCGCCGCCGCGGCGAGGCCUCCCCCGCCUCCGGCUCAGUUUUAUUGUGUGGCCGGCGGCGACGAGGCACGCGGCGCGCCGUCGGCUCCCCACCGCGACGGCGGUGUAGAAUGACCGCAGCAGUAUACUACGUGACCGUGACAUGAAAUUACUACAUGUAUAGGGUAGUUAAGCCUUAAGCGAGGGGUUCCUCGGUAUACAAUACGAGAACCUAGCAUCCAAGUCCAAGCCUCCCCACCCGCCCCCCCCCCCCCCCCCCCCCCGGGCGUUCUCUCUCCCUCUCUGCCUCUAGUUUGAGGACAGUUAGGCAGGCAAGCUACUUUAGGGUCUGUUGUUCAUCUUCAUCAUUGUACUCAAGCAUAUAGUACAUUUCAAUCAUGUCAAUUUGAAUAAGUAAAGUCAAAUUGUGUUGAUUUCAAUCCCAAUCACUCGCGAUCACACCAGCCGGCAGCUCGCCUGGCCAGCGGCCGGCCAAUUGCCAACCUACCGCCAGCCCGCAACUUGUUUAUUGUAUAGGAGCGCACCAACUAUUUCUUUUGAAGAAAAGGAGAGCAUCAACUUGGUCAAA